AUGGAUGUUGACUAUGAUGACGAAGUCGCAGAGGAAGGAUCCCGACCAGCCGGACGACGGAUCAAGGGACGCGGAGGCGAGGAGGAUGAUCGCUAUGCUGGCAAGGCUGGCAAGUUUGAGCGGCUGGACGACGACGACGCACGGGCCCGAGCCAAGGGCUCUGGGCUCUUGGAUCGUUGCACCAUGCAGUUCCUUGUGGUUCUUGGAGGAUUUCGUGUCCGGGUAGCAUGGCCGGCCCUAGCAGAGCAGAGGCUCUUGGGUGUUCGGAGCUUGUCGCGCGCUAGGGCUGUGAGAGGCCCCCUUCACAUGUGGGAGGCGAAGCAAUGGAAGCGCGCCGUGCUGGGAGUCCUGAUCGUCUGGACUGUUCUGGACUCUUCGGUGGGCUUCGUUGCUGAGGUGUUCUUUAACACGCAGGGGCGCCUGGAACGGGGACCUGCCGAGUCGGAGCCCGCGGAAUCCGGAUGUUUCGUACCAGUCUACAGGGGACGGUCACUGGUGAGGCCCGCGCCCAGCGGAGGCAUGGAGCCCGUGCUGCUCCCUCUGUCCGCUGCAGAAGGAAAGGACACGGAGACCGCUUGGCUGGGCCGCGCCCGUUCCGGGCCGCUGCUUCACCUGCAGGAGCGGAGUCUGCAGAGCCUACAGAGCGGGUCGCAGUCAAAGCCAGGAAAGCGGCCGGGAUUCUGGCUCCUGGACCUCUCCGCUUCAGCCGAGCCUCCGGACCCCGCAGUCCUUGCAGAAGGUGGGCAAUGGGGCAGACUCCGUUCCCGGACUGGGCCGUCGGUCAUUGAUGACUUGGCUGCUGACGACUACGCCGCAUUGCUCGCCACUGCCGUGGGGCUGUCCGAGUGGCACCGCUCUGUGCGAUUCUGCGCCACGUGUGGCGGCAGGACUGCCUCCUUCCGCUCCGGGUCGAAUCGACGCUGCGAGGCAUGCGGGGCACGCUUCCGGCCCCGCCUGGAUCCUUCCGUGAUCGUUUUGGUGACGCACGGGCGCCGAUGCCUCUUGGGCCGGAAGGCUCAGUGGCCCGCCGGACGCUACUCGACCUUGGCCGGCUUCGUCGAGUUCGGGGAGACUCUGGAGGAGUGCGUUGUGCGUGAGGUGCGCGAGGAGGCUGGUGUGGCGGUGGACCCACAGACCAUACGCUUCGUGGCCUCUCAGCCCUGGCUGUUCCCGCGUUCUCUCAUGGUGGGCUUCCUUGCCGAGGCAUCAGACCCCAGCAUCAACCUCGACGCCGACGAGCUCGAAGAUGUUCGGUGGUUUGACCGUGCGGUGGUGCAAGAAGUGAUGGAUGGCCAAACGCCCGACGGCACAUCUCCUUCUCUGAAUGUUCCUUCCAGAGCAUCGCUUGCCAACACGCUAAUGCAGACGUGGCUGAGGGAUGCAGAAGACGAAACCGGCGCAGCCAGAUCCAUCGAGGGCUGGGUCGUUAUCGUGUCGGGCGUUCACGAGGAAGCACAGGAGGACGACAUCUUCGAGGCCUUCUCCGAGUAUGGAGACAUCAAGAACCUGCAUCUGAAUCUGGACCGUCGUACAGGCUUCGUGAAGGGCUACGCAUUCAUCGAGUACGAGAACAAGCAAGAGGCAGAUGCAGCAAUCAAGGCCAUGGAUGGCAACACCCUUCUGGAGCACAAGUUGGACGUGAGCUGGGCGUUCUCCAAGCCUGGAGGCAAGAAGAAGCGCCGAUGA